AUGCUGGUCGCGUUUCUUGUUGCCGCAUUCAUAGUACACGUGCCUACAACGACGGCUGAAUGCGAUCUCAUCGAAGAAGCGAUAACCUUACAGUGCAUCUCCCCGUUGGUCGAAUAUGCGAAUGCAGACCGAUACGUCCUUCAUCCUCCACUCAGCGAGAUCGAUCAGAUGUGCCACCAGUUCAAAGAAUACAAGAGAUGUACCACUGGAAUUCAACCAGAUUGCAGGGAUACGAAACUACGAGAAUGCUUUGUGAACAGGACGAACACCCUUCGAGAUGAAGAUCCCGGUCAUCCCUCUGCUGGUAAUCUCACCUAUUCAUCGUACGAAUGUUUAAUCACACAGACCUAUAUCGACUGCCUACUCGAAAGCAAUUACAAGACGUGUAAGGAGGCUGUCAAGGUACUGCUUGCUACCUUCUUAGGAAAAGGCUCACACUCUGGUCAAAAAUGUGAAAAGGACAAAAGUCUGGUAUGCAAAUCAGAGAUACAGCUAUGCGGAAGGUCUCCUACCUGUCGUGAGAAACAACUAGAGCAGUGCGACAAACGAGGGAACUGCAAGUGUCGCCUAAGUGGAUACUAUUACGAUAAGGAAAAGCGAAAGUGUAUAGACCCUAUGUGGCUGUUCUUUGCACAUGGUCAAUCCAUCUGGAACAUUUCACUCAGUGGAGGCUCUUUCGAACUUCAAAAGGCUGGCUUGCAGAAAACAGCAGUGCUCGAUGUCGAUAUAAUGGAACGUCGCAUUUUCUACGCGGAUGUUGGAUCGAAUUCGAUUGAACGGCUAGACUUAGACGGUACAUUCCCUCAGACCGUCCAGAAGUACGACGUUGAUGGUCUUGAAGGAAUCGCUGUCGAUUGGAUUGGACGCAAUCUUUACAGUCUGAGGAAAGCAGAUGUCAUUGUACAGACGCUUACUGGAAAAUAUCGGCGAGCGCUGUAUAAAGGAGUGAUGAGACUACCGAGAGCAAUUGCGGUUCAUCCAGCAAGAGGGGGUUUACUACGAGCAGACAAAUUGUCAGGAGACAACGUGACUGUCGUAGCUCAGACUGCUUUGUUGCCUUAUGGACUGAAGAUUUUCCAUCCGUCCGUGCAACCACACUUCCCUUCUCUAUGCGAUACGCUUGGAUGUAGUCAACUUUGCCUUCUUGGCCCUAAUCGAACAGCUAAAUGUGGAUGUGGAGAAGGUUACGAAUUGCACAAAAAUGGAAAAAACUGCACCAGCAACUGCGAUUCGAAUCAUAUCGAGUGCGGUGGAACAGAAGCCAAAAAUUCACCUAAAGUGGGAGGAAUGCCUCAAACUUCCACUAUUACUUUGUUUCAGACUGGCCCCUCCCAACAAACCUCUGAAAUGCCCACUGUCCUUUCAGCACCUCGUAUCUGCCUUCCGGGACAAUUCCAGUGCCACGACAAUAAGAAAUGUGUAGCUCCGGGAGGUCUGUGCGACGGAGUUGAGGACUGCUGGGAUGCGUCCGACGAGAAAUACUGUUCGGCCUCAUUUCGUGGUAACAGCCCAAAUCAUCAAAUGAAUGAAAUGGUUGCCUAA